UUGUCAAAUUUUCUCUCAUGAUUUUAACUUUCCCUGUCGAUUAAAUAUUUUUAAUUGUUUUUCUUAAAAAAUCAGUUAUUUUCCUGUUCUUGAAAAUGACAUCAAUGAUCAAAACACUCUGUUAAUGAUUUUUUUUAGUAUAUUGUGAGUUAGUGCGAUUGAUAAUAUAAGGUUGCAAUCUUUAUGUUGUUCUUGAAUAAUUUUAGUGAUAAAGUUUCAAUCUUUAUGUUUUUCUUGAAUCAUGUUGUCUGAUUCUUGUAACCCUAUUUGAAAUCUGGCAUUCUGGUGAAUCAGAAGUGGUUUUCAGAAGAGACCCUUAUGGAAGAAGAGCCACUACUGCCAUAUAUUAAGCCCAAGAAACCACCACCAUCACCAAUACCUAUACCACCACCCCUUUUUGCACUCCCUGAAUAUAAUGAAAUUUCUGUUCCUCUAACCCCAUCAGAGUUUAAGGAACGUUUGAUAUUCGGGACCCCGAAAGAGCCACCACCAUCAUCUUCUAAUUUUGUUGAUGCAUUGGCUUCAUCCUUUAGAUCCCCCACUCCAAGUUCUGCAGAAAAUGUUAAAACUCCUCAUCAAUCUUGGUUGGUUGAUCCUAACUACCCUAAGCACAAAACCAAUCUUCAUAGGUCGAAAACUGCUCCCGCUAUGGCUGUGAUUAAUGAUUUUGCACAUCCUUCAUCCAGGGAGAAACAACCUCAGUUUAGUUCAUCUGGUUCCAUUGUUCAGCAGGCUGUUGUUUUGUUGAUUUUGUACUUGACACUUGGUGUGCUUAUAUACUGGUUCUGUAGAGAUCAUUUUAUGGCAAUUGAGACGCACCCGGUUGUUGAUGGUUUGUAUUUUUGCAUUGUGACAAUGUGUACGAUUGGGUAUGGGGACAUUACGCCUAAUAGCACUCCGGCUAAGCUCUUCUCGGUUUUGUUUGUAUUGGUUGGUUUUGGAUUCAUUGAUAUUUUGUUAAGUGCGAUGGUUAGUUAUGUUCUUGACUUGCAAGAAAGCUAUCUUUUGAGAACUGCUAAAGUUGGGAAAGAGCAUGAGAAUGAUGGCAGAUCGUAUUUAAUCGAUUUUAAAAAGGGGAGAAUGAGGAUUCGAAUGAAAGUGGGACUAGCGUUGGGGGUUGUGGUUCUCUGUACUGGACUUGGAAUGGCGGUUAUGCAUUUUGUUGAGAGACUUGGCUGGGUAGAUUCUUUUUAUCUUUCAGUCAUGUCAGUUACUACAGUUGGAUAUGGUGACCGGGCAUUUACUACCAUGGCUGGUCGGAUUUUUGCUUCUAUUUGGUUGCUAGUAUCAACACUUGCAGUUGCUCGAGCCUUUCUUUACUUGGCCGAGGCUAGAGUGGAUAAGCGUCAUAGGAGGAUGGCGAAAUGGGUUCUUGGUCAGGAUUUGACUGUUUCCCAAUUUCUUGCUGCUGAUAUUGACAACAAUGGCUUUGUGAGUAAAUCUGAGUACGUAAUAUACAAGCUCAAGGAGCUGGGUAAAGUGUCUGAGAAAGACAUCUUGCAGAUCAGUCAGACGUUCGACCGUAUAGACACUGGCAAUUGUGGAAAGAUUAGCCUUGCUGAUCUUAUGCAACAUCAUCACUAGGAAAGCUAACUGAUUUGUAGUAUGAGGUAUCAAACAGAGAAAUAACUACAAAGUAUACUUGAGCCACUCAACAUCUCAUCCCUAAGUAGUAGAUCAGCAUUAUCUUCUGGACAUAAAGAACUGAAUCAUCUGAGCCCGGAAUGCAUAAUGGGAACGGGACCAGUGCAGUUGCUUGAAGAACUCAACUUUACAUUAUUUUUCUGCCAAUAUUGCUAAGUUGAGUCGCACUUUUUCCCUGAAUAAGUAUGAGACAGUUCCCUUAGAUACUUAUAUACUUAUAUAUGUGUGGGGAACCUAUUCAGCAUAACUGUCUGAUUGUUCAGGCUUUGAUCUGAUUUAGUAUCCAGAUGAGUACUUCUCCUGUACACUUUACACGAUAUUCUCAUCUUUAUGCUAUAUGCCUAAUAUAUCACAGAGUGCUAAAUUUUUUCUCCUC